UAAUUAUGCUUUUUCUUCUCUUCUCUAUUUCAACUACCUUCCUUCUCUUUCUCCCCUCUCCGACCACUCUCACUCUUUCUCUCUCUAACUUCCUCCCUCUUCAAAUGCCCACCCUCUUAUGGGCAAAGCAUCUAGAUGGUUCCGUGGCCUUCUGGGCUUAAAACAACCCGACCCUAACCCGAAUAAACCCAAAGAUAAACGAAGGUGGAGCUUCGUUAAAUCCUACCGAGAAAAAUCCUCUACAAAACCACCUCUUCCAUCUUCUCACAACUAUGAAUCAACUGCCACGUCAUCUUCCUGCGUGGAUGGUGGAGAUGAUACUAAUAAACAUGCCAUUGCUGUAGCCACCGCCACUGCUGCCGUGGCUGAAGCCGCGGUUGCUACGGCUCAAGCCGCUGCAGCCGUCCUUCAUUUGGCUAAGAGUGGAAGGUGUUACAGUAAUGGCAAUAUACCAAAUAAUAAGAGUGAUGUCAUCCCGGUGCAUGUUAGCAGAGAUCAGAGAGAGUUAUGGGCUUCUGCUGUCGUCAUUCAAUCUCAUUUUCGCGGUUAUUUGGCUAGAAGAGCGUUGCGAGCACUGAAAGGAUUGGUAAAGCUACAGGCACUUGUUAGGGGCCAUAUUUUGAGAAGGAAAACUGCAGAAACAAUGCGUUGCAUGCAAGCUAUGCUGCGGGCUCAGGCACGAGCCAGGUCGGUUCGUGCCUAUAUCCCCGAAUCACCUUAUUCAUCUACUAGCAAAUCUUGCCCAAUACUACACCCUGGUCCUCCAACGCCCGAGAAAUUCGAGCAAUUUGUACAUGUUAAAGCCGUUAAGCAGGAUCAGUCACCCAAGAUUAAGAGGAACAGUUCUAAAUCAAGUAGUCGCAUGAACUCUAGCUGCCAGGACAGACCAAACAUUGGCUCAUCGUGUUCAGACCCUCGAAUGGACGACCCAUCAUGGAAUCAACGUGAUACGCCUUCCACGAGAACAUGUCAUACCGAUGAAGAUCGAGCUGACAGAAUUGUUGAGAUAGACCUGGGAAAACCCCAUCAGACAUUCCGAAGGAGAAGUCUCUUUGAAUCCUCGCACUCGGCUGUAUUGCAAACAUUAUCAGACCAAUUAAGCCACAGCUAUACCACAUCAAAGGACUCCACGAAUCAUCAAACCAUCGCAAGUCCCGCAUCAUGUGAAGUAAGCCAAACCUUAAAACCGCUCUGGCUCCCACACGAGAUCAUGGACAAUGCCAACUCAUAUUGCACGGCAGAGAACAGCCCACAGUACUGCUCGGUUACUUCUCAAGGAGGAAGUAGCUCGAGGAGAGGCCCGUUUACUCCUACCAAGAGUGAUGGAUGUAGAAGCUUACAUAGUGGUUACUCCGACUGUCCUAGCUACAUGGCUUAUACGGAGUCAGCUAAGGCCAAAAUGAGGUCUCUAAGCGCGCCAAAGCAAAGGCCUCAGUAUGAAAGAACCAGUUCAACCAAAAGGUAUUCGGUUCAUGGGUUUGGUGAGCAUCAUCCGAGAGCAAACUCACAUAGGGUAUCGGCUAUGCACGCUAGUUUUGCUAACAAGGCAUAUCCUGGGUCAGGGCGAUUGGAUCGACUUGGAAUGCCGGUGAAGGAUAAUACAAUAGUUUACUACAGUGGGUAUCUUAACUAGAGGAAGCUUAUUUUUCUUCAAGAUCUAAUUAGUCUAACUUAUGUAACGCCUUAGGAGUAACUCCAUUUUAUUUUAAACUUUUGCUAGAUCACCAACAAACAUAUACUAUUAUGUAUUCAUAUGGCUAACUUCAGGAUUUGCUAUUUUUCUCACUUUUCUUUAAUCCAAGGGAAUCAAGUGUUUUUAGCAUUGUUGAGCCUGUAAUGCUCACUCCAUGUCUCCAAAUACCAAAUUCUAUCGAAAUUAAGAUAAUAUGUUUGU